AUGGCGUCCAAUGCAGGCACUGCUUCAACAGGCCCAACAGUGCAAAUGAACCAUGACCGUAUCGAGUCUCCUGCCGAUACGCCCAACUUCAUUGAUAACGAGUUCCGGUCCUCCCAGACUACCACGUGGAUUCCAGUCCAUGAUCCGGCAACGAACAAUCUCGUCACGCGCGUCCCCCAGUCCACACCAGAGGAACUCGCUGCAGCAGUUACCUCCGCUCAGAAUGCAUUUCCGGCAUGGCGGACAACCAGUAUUAUUGCCCGACAGCAGAUAAUGUUUCGCUUUACGCAUCUCAUCAAAGAAAACUGGGACCGCCUUGCUGCAUCGAUCACACUGGAGCAAGGCAAAACCUUCAAGGAUGCUCGAGGGGACGUCCUCCGUGGACUUCAAGUAGCUGAAACAGCUUGUGGUAUUACCACUCAGCUUCCAGGAGAGGUCCUCGAAGUUGCUCGAGAUACGGAGACCAGAAGUUACCGAGAACCUCUUGGUGUUGUUGCUGCUAUUUGUCCAUUCAAUUUCCCUGCUAUGAUUCCCCUCUGGUGUAUUCCGAUUGCUGUUGUGACCGGGAAUAUGAUGGUUUUGAAGCCAUCUGAAAGAGAUCCCGGUGCUGCUUUGAUUCUUGCUGAACUUGCGAGAGCGGCAGGUUUCCCCAAGGGUGUUUUGAAUAUAAUCCAUGGGUCUGUGGACACUGUGAACUUCAUUCUUGAUGAGCCUGCCAUUCGCGCAAUUAGUUUCGUUGGUAGCAAUCGUGCUGGAGAGUAUAUCUACUCUAGAGGCUCAGCCAAUGGAAAGCGGGUGCAAACCAAUCUCGGUGCGAAAAUCCAUGCUGUGCUUCUGCCAGAUGCAGACAAGAACGCCGCUCUGGACGCUAUCGUCGGUGCUGCAUUCGGGGCCGCAGGGCAGCGGUGUAUGGCGCUGAGUGUACUUGUUGUAGUCGGCGACGACGCUGAUUAUAUCCCUGCUCUGAUUGAAAAGGCACGAGGUCUGGUGGUGUCUGCUGGCUUUGAGAAGAAUGUCGACGUCGGUCCGGUGAUCAGCCCUGAACGCAAGGCGAAGAUUGAAUCGCUCAUCGCGAGUGGUGGACGUGAGGGUGCCACUAUUGCUUUGGACGGCCGAGGGUACAAAUCAGAGAACUACCCCAAUGGAAACUUCGUGGCACCUACGAUUCUAACCAAUGUCACAACAAAUAUGGAAUGUUACAGAGAAGAGAUAUUCGGCCCUGUUCUGGUUUGCCUUUCUGUGAAGACCCUCGAAGAAGCCAUCCAGCUUGUCAACGCAAAUGAGUAUGGCAAUGGGGUGAGUGUCUUCACCAAGUCCGGGGUCUCCGCUGCCUGUUUCCAAAAGAAUAUUGAGGCAGGACAGGUCGGUAUCAAUGUUCCAAUCCCGGUCCCACUUCCUAUGUUCUCCUUCACUGGAAAUAAGAAGAGCGUCGCGGGUGGGGGAGCAAAUACAUUCUAUGGAAAGCCUGGGCUGGCUUUCUACACCCAGCAGAAAACUGUGACUAGUCUUUGGCGCCGAGAGAACACUGAUACUGACAAGCAAGUUGCUAUGCCGUCUCAUCUAUAA